AUGACAUCUCCUCCUCUCGCUCGCAAUGAGUCUCAGGCUUCGAGCCGUCGAAGUACCAGUCUCGGCUCUCGCUUGUUUCGAUCAAAGAGCGGCGAAGCUUUAGGUGAUCGCAAGACCUCUGCGAGCCGGCUCAAAAAGAAACAGGAAAUGGACGAAGCUGCAAAAGUCACACAGUCGCCUCCCCGCUUGCCAAAUUACAAUCCGCAGCCGCUGGGUAUUCAAUCAUUUGGCGGUGAAAACUACAACCCGCAGAACACGUCCAGAGAGUACACCAAUGGCGCGAAGAACACUCCCCUUGUUCCUCCUUUGCCCGGGAACCUGGAAAAGGAGGGUGUUGAUCCUUAUGCUAGAACCGAGAGCAUGACCCACCGUGGGCGAUAUUCCUAUGCGAAUUCGACCGUGUCUACCAUCAACUCCCCCCGGAGAGUUCGACGUCGCAAAGACCCCACCCCCUAUAACGUCCUCAUCAUUGGCGCUCGAAAUGUCGGCAAGACCUCUUUCCUUAAUUUCCUCAAGAGCUCGCUUGCUUUGCCAGCGAAGAAACAGCCGAGUCGAGCUCCGGAUGGCGAUACUCCUCCGUCAUCUGCGAGGGCAAACCCCAACUAUGUCCACCAUUACCAGGAGAUCGAGGUCGAUGGGGAGCGAAUCGGCUUGACAUUGUGGGACUCUCAAGGGUUGGACAAGGGUGUCGUUGACCUUCAAUUGAGAGACAUGAGCAAUUUUGUGGAAAGCAAAUUUGACGAUACCUUCUUGGAAGAGAUGAAAGUUGUUCGCGCCCCAGGUGUCAGAGAUACCCACAUCCACUGCGUUUUCUUCGUUCUUGACCCGGCUCGACUAGACGCCAAUAUCAAUGCUGCUCAAGGCAUCAGCAACGGCGUUGAAAACACGCGAAUUGGCAAACCCUCCCGAAUUGUUGGCGCUCUGGACGAGGACUUUGACAUUCAAGUCAUGAAGACCUUGGCCAGUAAAACUACCGUCAUCCCAGUCAUCAGCAAGGCUGAUACCAUCACUACAGCGCACAUGGCGUUUUUGAAACAAAAGGUCAGCCGGAGUCUGAAGAAGGCCGGUCUCGAUCCACUGGAAGCCUUGAGCUUUGAUGCUGAAGAUUACGAUGACGAACGUCUCGACGAGCGUGACGAAGACGAAGACAGUAGUGCCGCAGACUCGGAGGACCGGGCGUCAGCUCACAGUGAUGAUUCUGAUGCGAAUCGAGACCUCGCGACUACAAAACGCCCAGGUAACCACAAACGCCAGGCCUCGGCCGAGGAUGCUGUGCUUGAGAGUGGCUACGUUCCAUGGUCGAUCCUCAGCCCCGACAGUUACUCUCUUGAAGCAAAGGAUGGCCCAGUGGGUCGACGGUUUCCCUGGGGUUUUGCCGACCCGUACAACCCGGACCAUUGUGAUUUCGUCAAGUUGAAAGACGCCGUGUUUGGAGAGUGGCGAUCCGAGUUGCGAGAGGCGAGUCGGGAAGUGUUUUACGAACGCUGGAGGACAAACCGUCUCAAUCGUCGAACUCUUCCAGCUAGUGCGACCAAUGGUCUACCGUCAGGACCUAGACAGAGCAGUGGCGGGAUCCCGAUUGCUCUCCAAUCGCGUGCGCGAUAA